UUCCGACUUUGAUUGCGUUCCAUUGUUGUAAAGUUUUUAAUGUUGGGAGACUAUGCUGAUCGUUACUUUUUCUGUUUUUUUUUUUCUUUUUUGGGUAUAAUGAAGCACUGACCAAUUUAAAACCAUGAGCGCACCAAAGCCAACUAAAAUUAACCCACGUAAGUACCUCAAGAUUGUGAAGAACAAACUUCAAAACAAACGUGACAUUUAUGUUAGGUUUCUUCAGGUCAUGACGGCUUACACAGCUCAUAGAAUUGAUCCAAAUGGUGUAAAAUCUGUGGUGAAAGAACUCUUCAAGGAGGAUCAAGAGCUGAUUUCGGGUUUCAAUACAUUCUUGCCAAAGGGUUUUGAGAUAACACUCAACUGUGAACAAACUCCACCAACAAAUUUUAUUGAUGUUGAGUAUUCGGAAGCUCUUGAUUUUGUCAGAAAGGUUAAGAAAAAGUUUCAGGAUGAUGACCGUAUAUAUAAAUCAUUUGUUAAUAUUUUGGACAUGUAUAGAAAGAAAAACAUGAGCCUUGAUGAAGUCUGCCAUGAGGUAUAUGUGUGUUGUACCAUAACUAUAAUAUUAAAAUUGUUUCUUUUCUAAUAAGAGCAUAUUUUUUGCAGGUGACUACCCUAUUUCGAGACCAUCACGAUUUGCGUGUGGAAUUUUAUCACUUUCUCCCUCAUUAUUGAUGAUAUUAUAGCUAGAGAAGGGUGAAAAUGUGGUUUAAAUAAAAUGGGAUGAUGAAUUAUGUAUGCAAUGAAGCCAUUCUGUACCACCCGUUUGUUGUUGAACUAGUAAAACUAGUAACUUAUCUCAGUUAUU